AUGCCUCCCAAAUCUACCUCCACGGCCUCCAGCAGCCGGCGCGGCAAGCCUUCCAUUUCCCGCACUCCCGCCGGCGCCAAACGUGGCUCUACCUCAGCAGACCCCUCCUCCUCGAAGCGACGCCGCGAAACAACGGACACAAUCGAGCUCGCUUCCGUCCAAGACGACGAAGAUCUGGACAUGUUUCCUCACAGCGAAAUCAACAAUGACGUUACCAUGCUCGGCUCAGAUGAGGUAGAAGAUGAAGAGCAACCGGAGACGGACACGAAUGGGCUCCAGCGACGACGACAGAUGCAGCGUAACAACCGAAAUGACUCGGAAGACGCUGACGACUCAGACCGGUACCAGCCACAGCAGGAGUCAGAUGCUGAAGAGCAACAAGAGGAAGCAGAGGAGGACUCGGACGAAGAGGAACGGCCCACGGUCCCCUCGGAGCUGUUGACGAGGUUAUUGUACGAGUUCUUCGAGAGCGACAAGACCAAGAUAACGAAGGAUGCGAACGAAGCGGUGGCGCGCUAUGUGGAUAUCUUUGUGAGGGAGGCGAUCGCAAGGAGUGUGGUGGAGAGGGAGGGAGGGAAUGGGACCACUUCGGGAGGGGGAGGCUUCUUGGAGGUGGAGGAUUUGGAGAAGAUUGCGCCUCAGUUGUUGUUGGAUCUUUGA